UCAUUAUCAUUAUCAUCUCAGCAUGUCACCUCAGUAAUGAGAGCAGAGUCAUAGGGGGGAAGACAGACCCAGAAAGUAGCAGUAAGGACAGAUAGUUGUUGAGACACCACUGAUAUCAGCAUUUAUUUACACUUUAUUGAGAGAAGAGAAGAGAAGAGAAAACUUUCCUUUGGACAGUGUUUCCCUCUACAGCAUGGCGGUCAGGUGGAACCUCCUGAUUCUGGCUCUGCACCUUUCCCUCCCUGUAGUCCUGUCCUGCCAACCAGGAUUUAUUAUGCUUGACAACAAAUGUAUAGACAUAGAUGAAUGUGUUGACAUUGAUGUUAAUCCUGGUUCUGGACCAUGUCACAUGUAUUCCACUUGUGUGAACACAGAAGGAAGCUACUCUUGCGAAUGUUUUGAUGGUUUCAGCUCAAAAUCAAGUACACAAUGUGCAGAUAUCAAUGAGUGUUCGACCCAAAAAGACAUCUGUGGACCGAACGCUGAAUGUAAGAAUACAAUUCCACAUUAUUCCUGCACCUGUAAGGAAGGAUUCAUUUCCACAGCAGGAAGAAAGACUUUUGGCCACAUUGACAAAGAUACAUGUACAGAUGUUGACGAAUGUAAAGUUGACAAGGUGUGUGAUCAGAAUGCAACAUGCAACAACACACUGGGCAGUUAUCACUGUUUCUGCAACCCUGGCUUUGGACUGACAUCUGGCCAGUCGUACUAUACUGGGACACAGGGUCAAUGUGAAGACAUAUGUAAGGUUGAUAAGACAAUCUGUGGAAAUGGAACCUGCCACCGUGGAGCUAAUGGUCAUCACUGUGCUUGCCAUGCUGGAUUUACCAACUAUGGCAACAAUGGGUCUCGCUGCACUGCGUUAAACUGUGAUGUUUACAAAGAUACAAGCUAUCUGAGAGCGACAUUUCCUGUUGCACACGACCUGGUGGUGCAGUUGAAUAAAAGCUGUCUAGAGCUGACAGAAAGUGAGGAUUCAACAGAGCUGGACGGAGAGGAAUUACUCAAGAGACUGUUGUCUGUCAUCGACAAUCUCUUGUCCGGUGAAACCUUCAGCGAUAACAGGAAAGUCUCCAUCUUUCUUGACUUGGUGGAAAACACACUGAAGCUCAUAGGACCUUUCAUGAAGCCCCCAGGAACCAAAAUAUCAUCUACUCACACAGAGCUGCAGCUGCUGCUGCAUAAGGGAGCUGACUUACCCCAAGGAGCUGUGGUUUUAUCAUCAAUGCAAGCUCAGCUGGACAUGCAGAUGGAGACAGCUGCAGGAGAUCCUUCCUCUUACCCUGGCUUUACAGCAGUGUCCCUGCUAAGCUAUGCAAACCUGGAAGGCUCUGCAGAGGGUUUCUACAGUGGAAUGAAACCAAAAGGAAAGGAACGUUUUAAGAUCAACUCUAAAGUAGUGACUGUUUCUGUCAGCAACACAAACACAAGCCAUCUCCAAGAGCCUAUCAAGUUAACCUUUAACCACCUGGAAAAGAGAAACCAAACCCACGCGUGUGUGUUCUGGAACUCCUCAGAGGAAGGGGGGACGUGGUCUGCUCGUGGCUGCAGUGUGGUGGAGUCCAAUCCUGAAUACACUGUGUGCUCCUGCAACCAUCUGAGCAGCUUUGCUGUGCUCAUGGCACUUUAUGACUUGAAGGACAGGUUUGAGUUAGAGCUGAUCUCAUGGGUGGGUCUUUCCCUGUCACUUAUCUGCCUCUUCAUCUGCAUCCUGACGUUCUGGUUUAUACGCUCCAUCCACAGCCCCAGAACAACCAUCCACCUUCACCUAUGCAUCAGUCUCUUCAUUGCCAACCUCAUUUUCCUCGUAGGCAUCUCUCGUACAGAAAACCCGGUUGGCUGUGCAGUGGUUGCCGGGUUGCUGCAUUUCUUCUUCCUGGCUGCAUUUUGCUGGAUGUGCCUGGAGGGCAUACAACUCUUCAGGAUGGUAAUCCUGGUCUUUAACACCAACUUCAAAACCCUCUACAUGAUGGCAGGUGGCUAUGGAGUCCCAGCUGUAAUCGUCGCUAUCUCUGCCUUAGUUAACGCCAAGGGAUACGGCACUGAUAGACAUUGCUGGUUGAAGCUGGAUUUCAUUUGGAGUUUCUUUGGCCCCGCCUGUGUCAUCAUCAUUAUAAACAUUUUCUUCUUUCUCAUGACUGUGUGGAAAUUGGCACAGAAGUUCUCAAGAUUACACCCUGACCUGGACAAUCUGCAGAAAAUAAAGGUUUUCACCAUUACUGCAGUGGCUCAGCUGUGUGUGUUGGGCACCAUGUGGAUCUUUGGAUGUUUCCAGUUUGAGGAGGGCACCAUUGUAAUGUCCUACCUGUUUACCAUCUUUGGCAGCUUGCAGGGGGUCAUGCUCUUCGUCAUUCGUCAUUCGUCUAAACAGGUGAGGGAGGAGUAUGGAAACAUCCUGUCAAAAUGCUGUGCACCCAGGAAGAAGACAUACUCAGAGUCAAGCUCAUUCCAACUCCAGCAAAGCUCGAGGAUCCAAGAGCAGCCAUGAAAACAGAGAGUCUCAAGUCUGGGGUGUUGUGCAGUCACAGGGUCCACUCAUUUCCUGAGGACUGCAAUCACAAACAUAAAGUCAACUACUGCCCUGCCAUUAGAAGCCAAUGCACCAGAUUGCUUCACUGCAAUUGUGCAUCGAAUAUUUAAAAAAAAAAAGCUUUUAUGUGGUGUAUCUUGGUCAUUGUAUUUUAAAAGUAUUAAAAUGGAACAUUGCUGCAAAAAUAUAAUUUUUGGGUUAAAUCACAAUUAAUCGCAUUUUAAUCGCAUUUUUUGAAUUCCUGUAUUUUGCAUUACAAAACAUACUCUAUGGUAUAUAGGUGACAUUAACUUAACAAUGGAAAAAUGAACUUGUUUCGGAUUAAAAGGAAAUGAAACAGCUAAAAGGAACGAUAAAAAAGUGAAUUAUUUGAUUAGGGGCUGUGGCUCAGUGGUAGAGUUGGUCAUCUCUCAAUUGGAAUGUGGAAUUUGAUCCCCAGUUAAUCAACUUAUUUAAUUCUUUAUAGAGUAAGGAUUUUCCUUUUUAAUAAGGAAUGAUAUCAGUGGGAAUAACCUAUAUAUAUUAUAUAUAUAUAUAUAUAUAUAUAUAUAUAUACUGCUAUAUAUUUUAGCAGAGCUGUACAGAUAUUUCAUGAUGUCUGCAGGGACUCUGCUUAUGAACCCCUGCUGCUCAGGCGCCCCCUGUGCGUAGUCCCCUCACUCUGAAAUCUCUCUAAUAUAAUGCAUGUUUGUAUUUAGGGCCUAUGUGUGUGAUUAGCAUAUCUGUCAAUACAGAGCGUAAACCUGAAUUGGCCCUCAGGGAUUAAUAAAGUAUACACAAUUUGAAAAACAUAAAUAAAGAAUUAAUCUAAAUAGCAAUUUAUGCAACUCAUAUGGACUUCAAAUGUAAGUUAAAGAAAGUAUGUAAAUAUUUCUUGUCAAUUUGAUUUGUAUAACAGUAAGUGACUGCAUUCCUUCUCCAUUCAGCAUGAUGAAACAUUAUGGUUAAUGUGUCAUUUCUAAUUGAAAAGGUAGUUUAUGUACAUAUUUCAGGAAUAUAUUUCCUUAUUAUUGUCUGUUAGACUAUUAGCAAUGUUUUAAACACUGGUUUAAGAUUGAUCAUUGAUCAAAAACAAUGUCUUGUUAACGAUCAGCAUUUUUUAUUUAUUUUCUUCAGUAGGUAAAUUCUUAAAAUUUGUGUUUUUUUAUGUUUUCUUUCCACUGUUUUUAUACUUUCUGAAAGCUUUUAUUAAAUAAAUAUUUUUCUCAUGCCUGAA